AUGUAUUUUAUAUGCAGCUAUUGUUAUUUGGAGAGUCUGCUGUUCUGCACUCCAUUCGGCUUUGUGCGCUUGUUUGGCGUUGUGGGUCAAGUACUUGUUAAACCUCAUCUGUUGCGAGAAGUCAAUGACAAAUAUUACAUUUUUCAUGUGGAAGAGGCUAGUGUUAGACGUAAGCUGACUAAACGAGAAAUGGAAAAUAAAAGUAAAAUCGGAAGACUAAAUGGAUUCAGUUAUAAUGGAUUAAAUACUAGUCAAUUGAGCAAUAGCAGUUUCAACGACAGCAAUUUCAAUAGUAGUCAUUUAAUAAAUAAUAGCAAUAAUAGAAACGAAAGUCAUGGAAGUUACAGCAUUGAUACUAGCUCGCCGCAUGAAUUUAACAGCAGUUAUUAUCAUCCAUCUAUAAAAACAUUAUAUCAACGAAAACCAAUGAACGGCGAACUAAACGACGAAGAAGCCGCACUCAAUGAAAGACUGAGAGAAUUGGAGUCUGAACGCAAAGAACUGGAUAAAUUGCGUAAAUCUUCAGCAUUUCAACGUAAUUUUGUAUAUCCUUUUGCAAUGUUACUGUUGUUAUUCCUAACAGGCGUAACUAUUUUGCUUGUUGUGCAGAACACACUCGAGUUACUUAUUGGUAUUAAAGCGUUGCCAUUAAGUACGAGGCAAUUUACACUAGGCAUAAGUUCAUUGUCCAAACUUGGACCCUUUGGUGCGGGCUUAGAGGUUUUCCUAAUAUUAUACUUAGGAGCAACCUCUGCUGUGGGCUUUUAUACAAUGCCAUUUAUGCGCCAUGUACGUCCACAGAAACGUAAAACUUCACUAUCUCAAUUGAUACUCAAUUGCGCGUUAGUGUUGAUAUUAAGUUCAGCCUUGCCACUGCUCAGUAGAAUAAUUGGCAUUACCAACUUUGAUUUGCUUGGCGAUUUUGGUGCUAUCGAAUGGUUGGGAAAUUUUCAGAUUGUGCUUUUGUAUAAUCUGGUCUUUGGUACCACAACUGCACUUUGUUUAGCCAAUAAAUUUACAGCAACGGUGCGACAAGAAUUGUGCGCACGAUUGGGUGCAAUUUUCCUAAUUGGCUAACAGAAAAAAAAAACGAAUUAAGUAAUUUAAAUACUGUGAUUAAAAAAAUUACGCUCAACUAUAUUUAUAUGUUAAAAUAUUAUACAGACUACAUGUAAAGAACUAUAUAUGUAUGGAACGAUACCAUUGUAUUGUAU